GAUCGGACUGGACAACUCCAGCUGUGCCUGCGAAAGUGGCAGUGCGUGGAAUGUGGGCGAUGUAGACGCCAGCGACUGCUUGAAGUGCGAAGACUUCAAGUUGGACUGCGAAGGGCCCGGCCACACGAUGUUUUCGGCACCGCCCGAAGUCGGCUAUGCACGCGUGAAGGCCGCAGCUCCGAGGGCAUUCAGGUGUGGUGAGCCGGCAGAGAAGCGCUGCAAUCAUAGCAACGCAUCUGACCCUCUGGGAUGUGCUGCUGGCUAUUCUGGGCCGCUGUGCAGCACCUGCGGUGAUGGAUUUCGAAGAAAGCACAAUCUUUGCACCAGGUGUGCUGAUGCUGACGGGAUCAAGAAAUCGAGACUAUGUAUCGCGGCUGGCAUUCUCGUGCUGGCCGUGGUGGCGACUAUUGGCGGUGUCAUUUAUUGGCGGAGGAGCACUUCUACGCGUCAUUCCGUUGGAAUCAUCGAGGCAUGUGUCGCUCCGACGACUGUUCCUGCCGGUCUCUCUGAACGUUUUAACAAGAUUUAA